AACAUCCAUCUGGUUCCCCACAGUCACGACGAUUUGGGAUGGCUAAAGACCUUCGAGCAGUACUACUAUGGCUCUCACGACAACGUGCAGCGAGCCGGCGUCCAAUACAUCAUCAGCAGUGUGGUCGAUGCGUUGAAGAGCAACAAGGACAGAAGGUUCAUCUACGUGGAAACUGGAUACUUCUGGAAAUGGUGGACCAACCAAGAAGAAGACGUGAGAAGCGAUGUUCGCCAGCUCGUAAACAAUGGCCAGUUGGAGUUCAUCAGCGGCGGCUGGUCGAUGAACGACGAAGCCACCACUUACUAUCAAGACACCAUCGACCAGAUGACUUGGGGCUUGAGACGACUGAAUGACACAUUUGGAGAGUGCGGCCGCCCACGGGUUGCGUGGCAAAUCGACCCGUUCGGGCACAGCAGGGAGAUGGCGUCGAUUUUUGCGCAAAUCGGCUUCGACGGCUUCUUCUUGAACAGAAUCGACUCUCAAGACCUGCAGAUCCGAAGGACCAACAAGCAGAUGGAGUUCGUCUGGCGAGGCAGCCCGGAUAAUCUCGGAGAAUCCACCGAUAUUUACAGCAACGUUCUGUUCCGGCACUACAGCGCCCCUUCGGGGCUUUGCUUCGAUGUGAACUGCGCGGACGAGCCAAUAAUUGACGAUCCAGAGAGCCCCGAGUACAACGUGGAGAACAAAGUGAGGAACUUCAUUAGCGACUGGAUAACUCCGGCCAGGAGCGGCUACGCCUCCGACAACAUUCUAGUGCCGAUGGGGGACGACUUCCAAUAUCAGGCUGCCGGCAAAAACUUCGCCAAUAUCGACAAACUCAUCAGGUACAUGAGCGGAAAGGAAAUCGAGGGCGUCAAGUACAACGUGAUCUACUCCACGCCCUCCUGCUACCUAAAUGCUGUCUACGAAGCAACCAAUGGGGUUUUGGACGUUCCCUUGAAGACUGACGACUUCUUCCCAUACGGAUCAUCAGACCACACCUACUGGUCGGGCUAUUUUACAUCGAGGCCAACCGGCAAAGGCUACAACAGGUUCAGCAACAAUUUCCUGCAGGUCUGCAAACAACUGAGCGUCCUGACGGACGCCACCUCUGAUGAGGACACUGCCAAGCUGAACACUUUACGGGAAGCUCUGGGAGUGUUCCAGCAUCACGAUGGCAUCACAGGCACUGAAAAGGAAAACGUCGCUCACGACUAUAUUCAUCUGCUCCACAAGGGCAUCACCGAAUGCGAGGACAUCACCAGUCAAGCGCUAGCGAAGCUGACGCAGGCCGCCGAUACAGAAUUCACCACAUGCCACAUGCUGAACAUUAGCGAAUGUGCUGUUGCGGAAAAGGAGGAGAGCUUCGUGCUCACCCUGUAUAAUCCCCUGGGAAGACCAGUCAGCAAAUACGUGAGGUUGCCAGUGGUCGACGACAAUGAAGACCAGAUAGACAUCCGCAACCCUUCAGGCGGGCGUGUUAUUGCACAGAUAGUCCCCAUCCAUGAGUCCGUGCUAGCAGUGCCGGGCCGCAACAGUGAGGCCAAAUUUGACUUGGUGUUUGUCGCCGAAGACAUUCCGGCCCUCGGCUACAAGUCCUACUUUAUCCAAAGAACCCGGCAGAAAUCCCCUGCUGGGCGGGUCACAAAAUCGCAGGCCUUCCCAGGCAAACUGCGAUCGCUGGCUGAAACUCUGGGAGUCAGCGUGGAGUUCCAGUACUACACUGGAAAUUCUGGAGACUCCAGCUCGGCUGACUCCACCCCCUCAACUCCCUACAUUUUCCGACCCCAUCCAGACAUUCCUCUGCAAUCGAUUGAAGUGAGCCACGUGACUACCUACUCUGGACCUCUGCUAACGGAGGAUCAUGUUUAUUACAACGACUGGUUUAGCGCCGUUGUGCGCCAUUAUAACGACUCUUUAGUGUCCGAGUAUGUCCACUUGGUUGGCCCUUUGCCUUAUGACGAAAAUGGGGUGGAAGUUAUCGUGCGAUUUACCGCAGACUUCGAGGGCAAAGUUUACACAGACACGAACGGCCGGGAGUUCAUUGAGCGAAUCAGGAACUUCCGACCCACCUGGAACAUCACGGUGGUCGAACCGGAGGCUGCCAACUAUUAUCCGGUCACUACCGGAAUUUCUAUCCAGGAUGGAAGCACUAAAGGGAUAGUCGUUUUGAACGACAGAGCGCAAGGCGGCGGAAGUGUGGUGGACCAAACCAUCGAGCUGAUG